AUGGACCACAAUCCGAUCAUACCGGCCGCGGCAACAUCGAUCCCGCGAAGACGACGACAAGUCCUCCACUGCCAGUUCUGUCCAAACACGUAUCAUAAACGAGAACAUCUAGUUCGCCACGAAAGGAUCCAUACCGGCCUUCGCCCCUAUACGUGCGAUAAAUGCGACAGAGCGUUCGCGAGGCAUGAUAGCCUUCUCCGCCACGAGAGGGUCCACGCUCCCAAGGCACGAUCUACGGCUCCUCCAGCAGUGAGAUUCUCUGCCCCCGGGUCCCAGUCGAGUGCGCCUCAGUCGCCAGAUAUCAACAACAGCGCCUCCUCAGUAGGCCACCGAUCAACAACUUCUCAGGCGCGAACGGAACUCUAUCCGCCUGCUUCCAAUCCGGACAUGUCAUCUUUGGGAUUCAACAACGGCCCCUUCUUUGCCGAGACGGAGGAUUUCUUUCAGUAUCUCUUGUCAACACCCGCUGGCUGGCCGACCUCGCUGCCGACAGAUAUCUCCUCCACGCCUUCAUUGCCUGGCAGUAAGAAUACGGGAAACUUUCCAGGCGACAACCACCUUGCCCCGCCUGUACAUGACGGAAGUCCCCAUGCUGUUCAACAGGUCGGGGCCAUGAUAACUGACAUGUCCUCCAAUGUCACUCGGGAAAUCUCCGCUCGAGGCAUCACGUCGGCUUUCUUGGAUGCCUGUCUUCACCAAUUUUUCGUUCGUUUCAAUACGACGUUCCCCAUUCUGCACGAACAUACAUUCGAACUCAGGGAGUGCGGUCCCUUCUUGCUGCUCAACAUGGUGGCCCUCGGUUCUCUCUUCUUCGGCUCCAGCGAGGCCAUCUCCAAGGGCGAGUUCCUGUGGAGACUGGCUCAGACUGCUGCAGCAACUUCGUGGGGCGACGUUUUCGAAGGCAAACUGGCACCUUUCAGGUCCCAUGCAGAACAGAUUGUGACAACAGCGUUGCUUGGACAGACAUAUGCCAUGCUCUCUCGAUCCAGGCGGUUGCGCACCCUGUGCCAGUCACUUCAUGGCCUGGCCUUUGCCUGGGCUCGACAGUUCGGCAUGUUUGACCUGGAGGAAUUUCACUUGAGCGAACUGCCACAGGUCUCGGCAAGCAAAGAAGAAAAAAAUCAAAAGUGGAAGAUGUGGGUGGACUCGGAGAUCCAGAGACGAACGGUUCUCGGUCUUUACAUCAUUGACGCUCAGCUUGCAAGAUAUGCAGGAGCAUCGCCAGUGGGCAAGCAUGUCACAAACCCACUGGCGUUCUCCGGCAACGAUGCGGCCUUUCAAGCACGGAACGCGGACGACUGGAUCGAACAGAUGAGUCAUUCGUGGAAACCAUCGAGUACCUUUCGGGAAACCUUUCUUUCCGUCUUUUAUCCCACUGCUGUUCCGGUACCUGGUGAUUCGCAACUGUCACUCAUUGUACUUUUGGAAGGCUUCCAGGCAAUCUUAUCUGAGCAUGGCGAUGCACAAGGGGCGGCGUUGGGCCUUCCACCAAUUUCUCAGAUCAUCGACGCCUCGCAACGUUUGCGGAGGAUAUAUCUCAGUCCUCCCAGUAUGACGCUUGAGAGUAAGGAACUCUUACUGCGAUGGCAUACGUUCUGCCUCGACAUAGCCACGGACAGUGUGUUGCUGUGUCAGCGAUUAUGCACCAACUUUGGCAUCUCACAAGACCUGUUUUCCGCGGGACGUCGUCUCCCCAAUCCCGUUGAUCUCAACGGAUGGACAAACACACCUGAUGCGCGACGAGCACUGCUCCAUGCCGCAGCUAUUCAAGACCUUGCCGAAGGGAUGACGCUUGGCCGCGCAUAUCCGACCCAUUUGCCGGCGUCCAUCUUCGCUGCUGCAACUAUCUUUUGUGCUUACUCCAAGUACGGCCAACCCACGGUGACCACUCCGGAUACUCCCGACUGGGACGCCGUCUGGGACAAGCAAGAGCCCGGCCAGCACCCAGGACUAAAAACAUUCGCAAGGUCAAGUCUGGAGUCUUCGGAUAGUUAUCGUUUUGUGAUGGGCGAUUUUAAUAUGAAUGGAAGGACAAAGACGCGGAACCUACGAUAUUCUCUGCUGACGCUUCAGAUGAUUCUGCAGAUGAUAUCUUCGCAGUGGGGCAUUUCGCAUAACAUGCUUGACAUUCUGGCCAUCUGGAUUGGGGGAGUGGCUUGA